CUACGACACUUCCAUCAGGGUCGCAAUUUCAAGCAGUGGACAGGCGACGAUUCCAAGGGCUUGAUGAAGGCAAGUAUAUAUCUGCCUGCUAUAAGCGGACUUGUCCCGCCUCAAAUAGUGCGCGCGACGAGUUCCUUAUUGGAAUUCACCUACCUCGUACGGCGCUCAGUACACACAGAGAUGACCAUUAGCAACAUCACCUCCGCUCUGCAAACAUACCACCGAGAACGCGAGAUCUUCCGCGACGCUGGGGUACGGCCUAAUGGCUAUUCAACACCACGGCAACACUCAUUGGGUCAUUUCCCUCGGCAUAUCCGCAACUAUGGCGCACCGAAUGGUCUAUGUACCUCAAUAACAGAGUCGAAGCAUAUCAAGGCUGUUAAGGAACCUUGGCGACGAUCCAACCGCUUCGAUGCGUUGGGGCAAAUGCUUCUAACUAACCAGCGGCUUGACAAGCUCGCUGCUGCACGCGCCGACUUCACUGCCCGCGGUAUGCUCAACGCAACAUGCCUGUCCGCCGCAAUAGAUUCCCAGGCCAAUGACAAUGGCGCGCACAACAACGGUGUGCUGCCAUUCCCGCAUGACCUGCCCGCAGAAUCUGAGCAGGCUGUGGACAAUGACGACGAUGAAGAUACCAUAGACGGGCCUACAGUGGAUGCCUUCACAGCUCUAGCCCGUCGCCCAGCAAGAGGAUACUGCCGCCAUCUUGCUGCGCUUGGCGAGCAGCUUCAAAUCCCUGAACUUGUCGACUUGGUCGCAAGUUUUCUUUUGCAACAACUCAAUGACAAUACGGCCCCAAUGCAGGACGCCAGCCAAUACCGCAGCCCGCGUCUCCGGACGUCUGUGUUUCAUUCAGCCGUAGCGACAUUCUACGCACCCAGUGAUCUGUCUGGACGAGGCGGCAUGAAACGUGAGCGCAUCCGAGCGACUCCAUCUUGGCGAUCCGGCGCACCACGCUACGACACAGUGCUCAUCAAUAAGGACCCCACCCUCGACGGCUUCCGUGGGAUGUAUGCGGCACGCGUCCGCUUGUUAUUUUCAUUCUGGUACUCUGGUACGUUGUAUCCGUGUGCGCUAGUCGAGUGGUUUUUGCCGCUUGGAGACGAACCUGACGAGGAUACCGGGAUGUGGAUAGUAGAGCCAGAGCUGGAUGAAGACAGCCGGCGGCCAUCAGAAGUGAUACAUUUAGAUUCUGUUGCGCGCGCUGUACAUCUCAUUCCAGUUUUUGGGGGUGAUUUUAUUCCUGUAGAUCUACGGGCUUACGAUUCACUGGACGCGUUCCGGGCUUACUAUGUAAAUAGGUUCGCGGACUAUCAUUCGCACGAGGGUUUGUUUUAA